AUGGGGGCAGCGCAGCCCGACGGACAAACACCGUCUGGAGCAACCGAUCUCUCCAGCGUGUCCCGUCAACCGCUCGCGGCGGCGCCGCGGAACGCAACGGAGGCUACAUUCAACAGCUUGGCGGUUCCUAGUGUCGGAGCGCUGGUAGCACCCGAUCAAAUCGAAUCAAAUCCAGCCGGCGGCGGUCUGCGGUUCUACUAUUUCUCCUUCCCCAACGGUGUGUGCGGCUUCCUUCAAGCCGACGGACAAACCACUGCCAGUGGCACUUUGGGAUUGACACAUGCGUCUCAGCCUGAGCCGACCAUUGGCUCCAACCAGGGGUCCGCCAGCAUCAGUUAUUUUCCAGGCAGUCAAGCGUCAGCGGAUGUCAUAUCAUCCUUCGAUGGGUCAUGGGCAGAGGCGUGUGGCGGCCUGUCCGAGCAGACUGCAGCAUGGGUUGGCGUGGGGGGUCAGGGAGAGAUGCGUGUGGGGAAUGAGGGAGGGGUGUGCAUUGCGGAAGGGCAUGGUGGUGAGAUCCAGAUCACCACGACGCGGACACAACCGCCUGUGGCGGAGUUUAGCCAUCCACCCUACGCCCCUCUCAGUGAUAUCCGGCAUGAGCUGCCCGCAGUAGUAGCAGAGUCGUCAUCGUUUCACGUUGCUGCUGAUACACAGGAGUCGGCUCCCGGAAGGAGCGGCUGUUAUGACAUUGUGGCUUUUGAACCAGCUACUCAAAUGCUUCAGAAUGAUGCUGGUGUGAACGCUGACUUUCACCGCUUGGUGGCGCCUCACCAGAUACCAGUUUCGUCCAUCACCCCCGCCGCUCCUCAGGGCUUGCACGGUACAAGUCUCGCAACUAAUUCUUGCCUGCACAGCAGACAGGACCGGGAACCUGCUGGAGUGAAGGCUCUUCCCUUUGCCGAUGUGCUUGCUACCACUCUGGAGGGGCAGAACGUCACCAAAAGCCUUCUUACCCCUUGGGAAGCUCAGCAGCUGCUUGCUGCUGCUGCGGCUGCUGCUGCUGCUGGGACGAACGAGCCCCAUCGUUCCACAACGGUGGACUCUUCAUACUUGCCUGGCUCCCCAGACGCUCCCCACCCUCCACACUACCUUGUACAUGCUUCAGAAUCUCCUGUCACGGACUCUCCAAUCGCCAGAGGUGCUGCUGCUGCAGCUCCUUCUGCUGAUUAUACUGCCACUCCGUCUGCAGCUGAUGCUGCCGCUGUCGUUGCCGCUGCUGCCGAUCCCACUGCUGGUGCUGCUGAGUGCACAAAUGCAGAAAGCUUGUUCAUCGGUGGGUGCGACGACUUCACCUCCCUGUUUCUUAUGGACCCUCUCAGCCUCGCUGACUCGCUGUCGCUACCCUAUCCCUUCGCCACCUUGGACUCCUUGCCUCCGGCCGCAAACAUGCGAACAGGAGAUUCCCCGAGAGGGGAUAAGCCGACAAAGAUUUUCUCCGCGGCUGCGCAAGCAGCAGGUUAUGUCGGAGAGGGAUCAUCGGGAGGGCAGAACAGUGAUGCUGAGGUGGGAGAGGGUCUGCCACAGGCGAGUUUGGGCUUCAUGGCACAGGAGGAGCUGUUUCAGGCGCUGCUGCUCGAGGAGGCAGCAGAUGGAAUCACAAAGAGGUUGCUGACUGCUACGUGCGGUGCGGAGAUGCCUGCAGAUCGGUCUGCUGAACCAUCUGAGUAUCCACCUGCUGUACCAACCAUGAAACAACCUGGAGUUUCUUCUGCAGUUCCCACUGGAGAUCCAUCUGGAGAUCCAUCUGGAGAUCCAUCUGGAGAUCCAUCUGGAGAUCUGACGGUCCAUAGCAGCCUGGCGUUCCUUGAAACCACGAGCGCACCAGGUGCGGAAAGAUGCCCUGUGAUGCCACAACACGCGAGUGAUUCUAGUGGAACAGGGGUUGCACUUGGUGUGGGCGGGCAUGACGUAACUUUGAAGCCGACCGUGGUGGGUGCUUCUGUGGCGCCAGGGGAAGGGAGGCAGGAGGGGGGCAAGCAGCAGAAGAAGAGGAAGAAGACACAGAAGAAGGCUGAGCAGGUGUCAUCAACGGGGGAUGAGCAGCCGGAUGGAGCUCGUGUGAAGGCGGCGUCCCAGGCGAAGAAAGCAAGGAAGCAGAAAGUUCCACAGGGCUCCAAGUCCUUUGGCCAGGGCAACAUCGCGCGCUCGCAGCCGCAUAGCCGCCGCAGCCCGCCCCGUCGCCGCGCCCACGCUAGCCGCAGUUGCACGCGCGCACACGCACUGCCGCGGCUGCCCGCCCCAUUUCGCUCAGCCCGCAACGCACUACCCGCCACGCGUGCUGCCCGCCUCGCGCUGCCCAGCCCGCGCUACCCGCCCCGUUUCGCCCAGCCCGCCCCGCGCUAUCCGCCCCGUCCCGUCACGAGCAGCCCCGCGCGCCGCCUCACACGCGCAGCUGCACGCGCAGCAGCAGCAGCGCACGCGCCUGCACGCGCAGCAACAGCAGCGCAUGCGCCUGCACGCGCAGCAGCAGAAGCGCACGCGCCUGCCGCCACACACGCAACAGCAGCCGCACACACAGCGGCAGCCGCACGCGCACCUGCAACCGCACGCUCAGCAGCAACUGCCCCUACUGCAUCUACCAUGCCUACAGCUACAGCCCUCUUCAGCAGCGCCCCUACAGCAACGCACCUACAGCUUUCCGCGAAGUCCUUGCGGCACCCGUUACCCCACCAGUGCAUGCUGUCCUUCACGCGCCUACUGCCAUAG